AUGGCAAUUUUCACUAAAUUACCAAAGCUUUUAUUUGUCUUCUUCUUCUUGUUGAUCCUCAUCUCUAUGUUUAUUGCUUGUCAAUGUGAAUGUGAUCAUGAAAAAGAGAACAACAAUCCUUACUUAUUUGAAUCACAUAUGUUUAAAUCUCGAUUCAAAUCAAAACAUGGUGAAUUUCGAGUCCUCAAUAAAUUCACUCAACUUCUUCGAGGAAUCGAAAAUUACAGAGUUGGAGUACUUGAAUUUGAACCUCUUUCUUUCAUGCUUCCUCAUCACUUUGAUGCUCAACUCUUACUUCUUAUUGUUAGAGGGAGAGGAAGUGUAAGUAUAGCAGAAGAAGAUGAGAAGAACUCCUUCAACUUAGAGCAUGGAGAUGUAAUCAGUGUUUCUGCAGGUUCAACAAUCUACUUCACCAACACAGAUAACAAAGAAAAGUUCUCGGUUUACGUGCUAGCCAAGGCCGUUAACGUUCCUGGCAAGUUUCAGGAAUUCUUUAGUGCUGGAAGUGAAAAUCAAGAAACCUUCUACAGAGCAUUCAGCAACGAUAUCCUGGAAACUGCUUUCAAUACUCCAAGGAACAGGUUAGAGAGGCUAUUUGGACAACAAAAACAGGGGAUAAUAAUCAAAGCCAGUGAAGAGAAAAUUCGAGCUAUUAGCCAACCCGGCUCGCGCUCCAUUAGAGGUGAAACGCGAGGUCCUGUCAAUGUAUUGAACCAACGCCCAUUAAUUGGUAAUAGAUUUGGACAAUACUUUGAAGCAGCCCCAGAGAGAUUCGAACACUUGAGGGAUUUGGAUGUUGCUGUUGGUAUCAUGAACAUCAACCAAGGUGGAAUGAUAUUACCAGUCUACAAUACAAGGACUACAUGGUUGGUAAUGGUUGCACAAGGGAAUGGGCGGUUCGAAAUGGUUAGUAGCCAAAGCCAGGAGAGACGAGGCCAUAACUACCAAAAGGCGGUCCGAGGUUGUCUAUCAGUUGGUGAUUUUUUUGUAAUUCCGGCAGGAUAUCCUAUAACAGUUAUAGCCAACGGCGAUUCUAAUCUCAGAAUGGUUGGUUUUGGAAUCAAUGGUCAUAACAACAUGUUAAACUUCCUUGCAGGUCAAGAAAGCAUAUGGAGAAAUGUAAACAGAGAAGCAAAAGAGUUGUCAUUCAAUAUGCCAGCAAGGGAGGUUGAAGAAAUAUUAUAG